UCGUCGAAAACAUGAGUUACCGUUAAACCGUUAGUGCCCUUGGCUUUCUCUCCUAUUUAUUUCUGCUGUGAGCCAGGUUAAUUUGGGCAGUAGCAAAGGUAGACUGUUUGAUGGUACGAUUGCUAGGUGGAUAACGUUAGCUAUUUUGUUAUUGUUUUGUGGUUGUUGGACAUUUACAAUAUUAGGUGAAGCUGAUUAGCCAGAAUGGACAGAGACAAAGGAUUCAAUUUCAAGCUGUUGGUGCCUCCCAGGGUGAAUUCAGGACAUGUUUUUGCUGUUAGACCUCAGGAAAUUAUUGAGGACUGUGGUGCUUCGAUGCUCACAAAACAGCAGGGUUACAGUAAAUGUUUUAACAAAGAGAAUAGCAUACCCUUCUCCAAUACCAAUAUGGUAAUGCCGACCAAACCAACCAGACAAGAUGUGCCCAAGAUGAAAGUUGUACCACCAAUGGAGAAAGAGGGGCUUUAUUCCAACUUACUUGAUGAAGUUGAUAAAAUAAAGAGCUGGAAAGUCAAGGUUGACUCUGAGACAGUGCAGAGGGAGAGGAAACUGCAAGAAAACAAAAAAACAAUUGAAACUCAACGGAAAGCCAUUCAAGAAUUGCAGUUUGGAAAUGAAAGUCUCAGCAUAAAGCUUGAGGAACAAAUCAGUGAAAAUGAGGAUUUGAGGAACAAAAACAGCGCAACACGUAACCUGUGCAACAUACUCAAAGAUACUUUUGAACGUUCAGCAGAGAAGAUGCAAUUGUUUGAAUCUGAUAGAGAGGAAACCCAUCAGUUCUUGUUGGAAAAUAGUGAGAGUAUUCAGAAAAUGAUUGCUGCAUUCGAGAGCCUUCGUAUUCAAACAGAAGCUGAUAAGCGUGAAAUGCAGAAAGUCAAAGAAGACAUGCUGGAGUUUGAAAAUCUAAGCAAGAAAUUUGAUCAAGAAUAUGGAGCAAAACAGGGAGAGGUUGUAAUGCUUCAAACAGAACUGAAGGGCAAGGAGGCUGAACUACAAAAAGUUUUGCUUAACCUUCAUGAAAGCCAGGAGAAUUGCAAACAACUUCAAGAGACAGCAAAUCAACAAUAUGAACUUCUGAAAAGCUCAAAAAAUGAGCAGGAUUCCCUUCUUCAAAAACUGCAAACUGCAGAGCAGCUCUGUAAGGAAAUGGAGACAAGUCGUGAAGUUAUUGCUGCAGCACUGGAACAGAGCAAAGAAGAAUAUGAGGAGAUCAUCCUCCAGAAAGAUAAUAGCUUGCAGGAGCUCAACAGAGUUAAAGAUCAACAAGCAGACAAGCUGGAGCAGAUUCAGACAGCCAUUCAGGAACUACAAAAAUCACUUACGUUUGAGAUGCAGAGGGCCAAGACACUUGAGGUUGAAGUCAUGGCAAUCAACAAGGAGCUUGAAAGGACCACUGCACUUCUUGGAGAAGCCACAGAACAGAGUACAAAGAAAGAUGAGGAAAUCAAAACCAUUGUGGCUGACCUGGACAUAAAAUCAAAAUCCAUUGAGUCCCUGAUGGAGAAGAUUCAAGUGACUGAGGUCACAGUAGAGGAACUCACAGCUGAGCUUUCAAGAACAACAGAACAUGCCCAACUGUUGAAGAAUAAGUUUGAUAUCGCCACUGCUGAAAAGCAUCUACUAGAGAAGGCUUUUGAGGAAGCAGAAAAGGCACAAAAAGAUUUAAAAGACAAGGCCAGAAUAACUGAGGUGAAAAUGCAGGAGAUGGAGGAGCAAAUUUGUAAUGAAAUGAAGAAAAAUCAAGCACACAUCUUUCAGGUGGAGCAACUGAAGAAUGACAUCAUGCAGCAUGAAGUAAAGUAUGAAGAUCUAUUGUCAAGCUUCAGUGAACUUGAGUCUGAGAAAAAGGCCAUGCAAGAGCAAAUUGAGAGUGGAUCUGCUGAGGCAAAAGCUCUUGAGACAAAACUAGAGAAGAGUGAGGAAAAGGGGACAAAGGUCUCACAGGACAUUCAGAGACUUGAAGAGGAAAACCGAUGUUUACGAGAGGAUGUUAACACACUGAACAACAAGAUCCAGGACAAAUAUCAAGAAACUGGGAUCCUGCAGAAGAAAAUUGAAGAAAGUCAUAAGCAUUGGCAGAAUCAAAUCACAAAGAAAGAGAAGAAAAUCAAAGAAGCAGAGGCAAAGAUAAACAGUCUGAAAGAGGAGUCCCAUAACCUUAAAAGACAUAGUGAAGAAACACAGCAAAACUUGCUGGAGGAUCUCAGGUCCAAAUCAAUCUUUGCAGAAGAGCUUCAGAAUGAGGUAAACAAGCUUAAAUGUACAGUUGCAGAGGUGACCAAGAAUAAGGAAGAUGCAGAACUCAAGUGUCAGCACAAGAUUGCUGACAUGGUUGCAUUAAUGGAAAAACACAAGAGCCAGUAUGACCGAAUGGUUGAAGAGAAAGAUGCAGAGCUUGAUGAGAUCAAGAAGAAAGAGAUGGAGGCUGUUGCUAGCAGAAUGGCAAUGGAGAUGGAGCUUUCACAGAAUAAGAAAGAAAAUGAUUGUCUGAAAAAAGAGAUUACAGAGAAGAAGAACCUACAGAAGGAGUUAAAUGAUUUGAAGAAAGACAUGUCAUCCAAGAAAAACAGUCAACAAUCAGAAGCAAAGGACAAGCAGGUGCAAAAUAUUUCACCUGUGUCCAACUCUAAUGACAUAAGAUGCUCAGAGACACCAAAACAACCCUCUGCAAAGAGGCAUGUGUUUGACUUCACUAAGACCAGGAGAACUCUGUACAGCAGCAGAGACUAUGUUAGCACUGCAGCCACAAAGUUGAAUGAAACUGGCAUGAAUUCAGUUAAAGAACUUUCUGGAGCAACACCCAAGACCAAGGGAAUUCAGAAUGAAGACCUCAGAACUCAUAGGAGUAGUACAAAUUGGACUGGAGCAACACCAAAGAUCAAGUCCUAUAGGAUAAGGACACCACCUUCUGUUGAAAAAUCAGCACCAUGGAGGAAGGGCAUCAUAGAUCCUGACUCCAAGUCUGACAGCUCUGAGCAAAAUGAACUUUUGACUUUUGUGGAUGCACCUGAGCCCAGUGUGUUGGCCUCAAACAGCAAACUAAACAUCUUCAGCAAGAGCCCUGCCAUUCAUAAAUCACCAGGGAGCUCUUUAAAGCUGGCUGCAAUUAAGAGGAUGAGAGAUGCUGGAUGGACUGCUGUCACUGGCUGUGACAAAAAGAAGAAGACUACUGAAAAAAUAUUUGCGUAGUCAUCUGCGUAGACAAACAAUAAUAAUAAUAAAAUAAGUUUAGUUGCUCAUUUAAAGUUCUAGUUCCAGAUGUAUUUGAGUUCAUCAGAGAUCUUUUUUAAAACACCAUACGUGUGUUGAAGUUCUUAUGGGGAAAAAAAAAAAAAGCUUUACUGUUGUAAUGCUUGUUGGUAAUGUUUU